AUCUAUGUGAUGUCGGGUAUGCGAACAGCCCUGGAUUUUUGACCCCAUAUAGGGGUCAAAGAUACCAUCUCAAAGAUUGGGGUAACAGGCAAUCUGAAACAGCUGAGGAGUAUUACAACAUAAAACAUUCAUCUGCUAGGAAUGUAGUAGAGCGCAUUUUCGGAGUUCUGAAGAUGAGAUUUGCCAUUUUGAGAAAUGCAACAUGGUUCACUCCAGAGCAAGUGUCCCGAAUAGUUAUAGCUUGUUGUAUAAUACAUAAUUUUAUCAAGAAGGAAUAUGGGGUUGAUGAGAUUGAAAGAAAUUACCAGGACGAAGAGCCCGAACAGAUUCCUUCAAUCGAUGUGGAGACCAUUGAUGGUAGUAGCAUGCAACCGUGCGCACAAUGGACCCAGUUUUGCAAUGAAAAGGCCACUACUAUGUGGGCAAAUAGAUAGACAUGUUAUGAUUUGUUUUGGUACCUUUUGUAAUUUUUCAUGUUUUGGCAGAGCAAUAGGGUGCUGAACUUUAUGGUUUGUUUGGUAGAUCUGGUAGAAGAAACAUUGAAUGCUACCAAGUUGUCCCUUUUGUCAGUUUAUUAAUAUGUAAUGUAGGACAUAUGUCUCCAAAACAUGGUUUGUAAUGUUGUUUAAAUUGCCAAACUGUUUAUCUUAUACCAUGUUUAUCUCACUUUUGCGUGCUAUUACUAGUGAAAAUGAGUUACAUGUUUAUAUUCUGCCAUUGAUAAAUGCCAUGUCAUGUAUGAAUGUUUUCAGGUAUGGGGAGGAGAAAGAAAUUUGUUGGGGAGACGGGAGAUGACUCCAAAGCAGAAUACAAUUCUGGGAUACAGCCCAUGAUGGUCCCUUCCUGGAAUGUUUGCUGGAGCUGACAGAGAGAGGAUUCAUCACCAAUGGAACUUGCAAGAACGGUGUGUUUAAGCAGAUACAAAAGAUGAUGGAGAAGAAAGUGCCCAGAUGUGGUCUAAAAGCAAAGCCUACGAUUCAGAAUAGGUUCAAGAAGCUGAAACACUGGUUUCAUUCGACCGUCAUGAUGCGUGGGCUAAGCGGAUUUGGUUGGGAUCCGGUGCAAGAAUGUAUAAAUGCAGACAAGGCAGUUUGGGACAUAUUCAUUGCGCAAAACCCAACCUGUAAAAGCUAUAAGGGACUUCCAUUCCCACAAUUCGAUGACCUUGCACCGGUGUUCGCCAAUGGACGUGCCACCGGAAGUGGAGUAAUCUCAGGAAAUGAUCCGGAUAUUAAUGUUGAUGCCUCUGAUAGUGGCUCGGAGGAUGAUGAAGACCAUCCGCUCUUUAUGGAUGGUAUGGUCCCUCCUGCAACGGAUGAAGACAUGUUUAAUAUCAUAAAUGAGGGUUUGGCGGAGAAGAAUCAGAACCAGAAGAAGAGACCAGCCAAGACUACCCAUGGUGGAUCAUCAAAGAAGAAGAAAGGUCCAGAAGCACCAUCUGAUGAUAAUGGCCCUGAAAUGUCUAAUGAAAUGGCACUAAUGAGGCCGCUGAUCAAGGAGUCAUUUGACACAAUUGCUAGAGCUCUAGGAGAGAGUGACGAGCAUGAUAAAAUGCGAAAGGAGUUGAUGACAAAUUUGGCCAAGCUCGAGGGCCUCACCCAACUACAGAAGGUGCAGGGAUUUAGGAGACUCAAUGCCACACCGUCAGAUUUGAAGAGUUUCUAUGAACUGGACGAAGGAAACAGGCUGACCCUUGUUCUUGAUCUUCUGUCAAAUUGAAGAAAGUUAGGAUAUGUAGCUAUAUAAGUUUAUAACAGGUCAUGUGUUGUCUAUUUUGCAAAGAGACCCAUGGUUUUUGUCUAUCUGUCAUUCAGACGCACUCUUGAUGACAGUCUUUGCAAAUGGAAGACAACUUUUGUAGAGUACUUUGGUGAAGUGAUCUGUGCAUAUUAGGAACUUUUGUACAGCACUACUGGUUAGGAGCUCUAGCAUAUUAGGAACUUUUGUACAACACUAAUGGUUAGGAGCUCUAGCAUAUUAGGAACUUUUGUACAACACUACUGGUCCUGUCUAGUAUAUUAGGAAUUAUUGUAAAUCACUGAUGGUUGUUUGCAACAUUUGGCAGCAUCUAUGGAGCUGGUAUUUAUGGGUUUUCAACAGAUCUGUUGUUCCUAUUAUUCUACACAAUUUGGCAGCAAGUAUACUGCUGGUUUUUCUUAAACAUUCAACAACAUGUGACAUAGCUCAUCAGCUCAGUUAACACAACAAAGUUCAAUAACAAUAGAACACUAGUAUUACA